AUGGAUAAAAGUUGGUUGAAUAUUAGGAAUAGAGUUGACCAAAAAUAUAGAGACGGAGUAGAAGGUUUUCUUAAUUGGGCAUUCAGUCAACCGAAGGUGAACACUAUGAUUCGAUGUCCUUGUAAAGGAUGUAUGAACAUUGUGUUUAAGCUAAGAAUUGAUAUAAGAGUAUACUUAUUGAAGAAGGGAUUCUGGGAUUCUUAUAAGGUGUGGGACUUGCAUGGAGAAGUGUUGGUUAGAGUUGAAAAUUCUAAUGUCGCACUUAAUGAUGAAGUAGAAGUUGAUAGCGCUGAAGAGGAUGACAUUACUCAAAUGAUCCAUGAUGCUUGUGGAUAUAUGAAUCUGGAUAAUAAUGCCACUUAUUCGGAGGAAAAUGAAGAGCCAAAUAUGCAUGCUACAAAGUUCUACAAAUUGUUAGAAGAUGGUAAGACAGAACUUUAUCCUGGUUGCACAAAAGUCUCAAAGUUGUCUUUUGUUGUUAAAUUACUUCACUUGAAGUCACUUAACCAUUGGAGCAACAAAUUGAUGGAUGAAGAGGAUGAUAUUACUCAAAUGAUCCAUGAUGCUUGUGGAUAUAUGAAUCUGGAUAAUAAUGCCACUUAUUCGGAGGAAAAUGAAGAGCCAAAUAUGCAUGCUACAAAGUUCUACAAAUUGUUAGAAGAUGGUAAGACAGAACUUUAUCCUGGUUGCACAAAAGUCUCAAAGUUGUCUUUUGUUGUUAAAUUACUUCACUUGAAGUCACUUAACCAUUGGAGCAACAAAUCGAUGGAUGAGUUAUUAAGGUUCUUUAAAGAAGUUCUUCCCGAGGGGUCAUUUGUACCUAGUUCUUUCUAUGAAGCAAAGAAAGUUCUUCGUGACCUAGGCUUGGGAUAUACCAAAAUAGAUGCAUGCCAGAAUGAUUGUAUUUUAUAUUGGAGCGAUUAUGUCAAUGCUCAAUCAUGUCCUAAGUGUGGCAAGUCUAGAUGGAAGUCAGUAAAACCCAAAGGCAAGAAAGUAGCUCAUAAAGUGUUGCGAUAUUUUCCAAUCAAACCAAGGCUUCAAAGAUUAUACAUGGCAAAAGAGACAUUAAAGAAGAUGAGGUGGCACAAGGAGGAGAAUAUUGAUGACGGUGUCAUGCGUCAUCUAUCUGACUCAAUAGAAUGGAAAUCUUUCAAUGAGUGUCAUCCUAUUUUUUUAGCUGAGUUAAGAAAUGUGCGAUUAGGUUUAGCAAGUGAUGGGUUUCAACUUUUUGGAAAUAUGAGUUCCAAUUAUAGUAUAUGGCCUGUCGUUCUAGUUACAUAUAAUUUGCCACCAUGGGAUUGCAUGAAAGAUCCAUAUUUCAUGAUGACACUUCUUAUUCCAGGACCUAAGUCUCCAGGGAAUGAUAUUGAUGUAUAUUUACAACCAAUGAUUGAUGAGUUGAAGGAAUUAUGGGAUGGGGUGGAGACUUAUGAUGCACACUCAAAAUCUAAUUUUCUUAUGUGUGUGGCUCUGCUCUGGAUGAUUAAUGACUUUCCAGCAUAUGGAAACCUUUCAGGAUGGUCAACUAAAGGCAAGCUUGCAUGUCCCUGUUGCCAUAAAGACACACAAUCAAUUUCCUUACGCAACAAAUUGUGUUAUAUGGGGCAUCGUUGCUUCCUUCCCAUGAACCAUCCAUGGCGUAAAAAUACGAUGUUAUUUGAUGGGAAAGUGGAAAUGGGGAUCGCACCUAGCCCUUUAACAGGUGAUGAAGCACUUAUGCAAUUACAUGAGUUGGGCAAUGUGAGUUUUGGUAAAGUGCAAAAGCGAAAGCGUAAUGUUUCUAACAAUGCUUAUAAUUGGAAGAAGAAAAGUACAUUUUUUCAAUUACCUUAUUGGAAGAGUCUUAAGUUAAGACAUAACCUUAAUGUGAUGCACAUAGAAAGAAAUGUAUCCGACAAUAUUUUAUCAACUGUGAUGAGUAUGGUUGGUAAGACAAAUGACACAUUGAAAAGUAGAUAUGAUUUGGUGGACCUUGGUAUUAGGCAAGGGUUGCAUCCAAUUGAGGACGGGGAUAAUAUUUUGUUGCCGGCAGCUUGCUAUGCAUUGUCCCCUCAAGAGAAGUUGAAGUUAUGCAAUUUCUUAGCUAAUUUCAAGGUUCCAGAUGCCUUUUCAUCAAAUAUUUCAAGGUGUGUUAAUGUACUUGAAAAACAAAUACAUGGAUUGAAGUGUCAUGAUCAUUAUGUAUUAUUGCAAGAUAUUUUACCCGUAGCUAUACGUGGUUUGUUACCUAAGGAAGUGUGUGAACCAAUUAUAGCCUUAGGUAAUUUUUUCAAGAAUCUAUAUGCUAAGUGCCUGAAAAUUGAAGAUCUUGAUAUCCUAGAAGCUGAAAUUCCUAUCAUAUUAUGCAAACUUCAAAUGGUUUUUCCUCCGGCAUUUUUUGAUAUCAUGAUUCAUUUGCCAAUACACUUGGAAAGAGAGGCAAAACUUGGUGGACCAGUUCAAUACCGGGAUAUGUACCCUAUUGAGAGGUAUUUGCGAACACUUAAGGGAGAUGUUCGCAACCCAGGUCAUCCAGAAGGUUCAAUUGCUGAAGGUCAUAUGAUAUUUGUACUAUCUGCACAAGGACGCGCAACAGAUGAGCUCAUAAGCUUAGCCAUCGGCCCAAAACCAUUGGUGCAUCGAUAUUCAAUAUUUAUGGUGAAUGGAUUUAGGUUUCAAACGAAAGAACUUGUGAGAAAAACACAGAACAGUGGAGUACUUGUUAGGGGAGAUGAUGCCGACUCUAAUAAGGAGUAUUAUGGUGUAUUGGAGGACAUUUAUGAGUUGCGUUAUGUGGGAAACAGAAAAGUUUAUCUAUUCAAGUGUCAUUGGUGGGAUGUGGCUCGCCUAGGAAGAGGAUAUAAGAUUGACAGUUAUGGGUUUACAAGUGUGAAUACUCAUUGUGCUUUGAAUACAAAUGAGCCAUUUGUGCUGGCAUCUCAAUUUGAGCAAGUUUUUUACUUGAAUGACACGAUUGAUAAAGAUUGGCUCGUUGUUGUAAAGACAAAUCCCCGUGACCUUUUUAAUAUGCCUGAAGUUGAAGAAGAAUUAAUAAAUGAAGAAGUUUAUCAACAAGAGGAAGUAGAAUGUAAUAUCUUGAGUAUCAAUGACCAAGAAAUUGGUAUUGCGGUGUCUUUACAUAGGGAUGAUAUUGAACCACAAACUAUUUUGCGUACUAAUGAUGAAGAAAAUCAGGAUGAUGAUUUUAUUAAUGACAAUAAUAUAGAUGUAUCUGAGAAUGAAGAAAGCGAAGAAGAGUUAAUUGAUGAUAAUGAUGGAGAUGACAGUGAUACAUCCUUUUGA